AUGGAUGACCGCGAGUAUGGAAUUGGGCAUCGCGCGUUCUUGCAGGCCAUGAUGGCUCGUCGUGCUGUACCAUUGCCGGAAGCAGUGGCGGUGCUCAAGGCCAUUCAAACCCAAGCUCUUGGAGCAGAUCAUCGACCUGGGGACGAACCAUAUGUCGGUGAAGGUACAGUGGAUGACUUUAUCGCCAUCAUCAACGAUGGAAUCUCCGACCUUGAACUCGAGAUCCGCAAGACCGUCCACCAGAAAGACGGCGUACCAGUAUGGGCCCUCGUCAACACAACAUCGGAUGAAAUUGCAAAGGUUGCUACAAAUCACAAUGCGUCAGAAAUUGCAUUCUUUCGACUGCUGUUGAACGACAUCUUCAUCCACAAGAACACACCACAAGCUGAGGUUAUGGCGGUCAGUUCAAUCGACGCUCUGAGACACGGAAGACAUGAAGAUGUGAAGUUGACGCAGCAAAUGACGGAAAGAGUGUUGGAGAAGUUUGUGGAGGAGGGAUGGUUGGAGUGUUCUGAUGAAGCUUACUACGCGCUUUCGCCGCGUACGCUCCUCGAACUGCAGACUUACCUACAAGAAGAAUACAACGGCGACGAAGAUGAGGAUGGAAACGCUAUCGUACGGAUAAAGAGCUGUCGGGCCUGCAAGGAUAUAAUCACGGAUGGUCAGCGGUGCUCGAAUAUGCGGUGCGAGUGCCGUUUCCAUGACUUCUGUGCAACAAGGUUCUUCACUGGUUCGAGGCAAACCAAGUGCCCAAUCUGCAAGACUGAGUGGACUGGUGAUGCCUAUGUUGGUGAACGAGCUGCUGUACGCGGCCGAGGUGACAGAGGACGGAGGAGAAGCAGGCAACACAGAGAACUAGAGGAGGAAUAUGAGGAGGACGAGUAA